CUACCGAUUACAAUAUGACAGACGUCACUCGACGGCUUUUUCGCUGGAUACAACCUUGCGUUGGCUUUUUCUGAAACAAAAUGGAGAUCUUUGAUGUGCUGUGAACAAAUUGAAAAUGUCUCACUACUGAAGCAAAGACAACAUGUCGCCGUACACCAUUUGUUAAUUUAAAACAAUAUAACUAAAAGUAAAAUUGUUUAAAUUAACUAAAAAGCAAAAAACAAAAUCAUUUACUAAUAUACUAAAAAAAAAAGUAGUCAAAGCGAGACGUUGUAUUAAAAAACAAAAGAUUGUAGAUUUUAACAACAACAACAGUAAAUACAUUAAGUAAAUACCGCCGGCAAAAAGAAUAACAUUGACGGCCUCUGAUAUUACCGAUAUUUAAGUGUGAAAAAAUAUCUUCAAAAUCUCCACCUCCCGCCACCCGCCAACUAUUUCUGGACGACACCCAAGCAAGUGUUCUUUCUCUAUCAUCAUAACUCUUUGUUAUUAGUCCUUCUGUCUCUCGUCACUCAGUCCUCACUCCUCAAGACGACAACGGUACAUAUUGUCUGUCGUCGUGCACUUUGACCAAUCCCCAAAAUCGUAUUAUUUUAACGUGUCGUGUGCCGUAUUGUUCCAAUUUAUCCGUUUUUGAAACGUUUCAUCUCGCAAUUGCUGGUUUUUGCCGCAACAACAACGCCAACAUCCCAACAACCACAAUAACCACAAACUUCUCAGCUAUGGAUUAAAAGAUCUUAACCUUAGAGCGAAUUCUAUUUAAGAAACAACUUCUUAGUAGUCACAUUUGUAGUGUAUUGUAUGAGAGUGGGAAUUUUUUCGCAUGCUUUGAAAAAUUUUUCGUCCGCCGUACACUCAUAGAGGCAUUCUUUGAUAGUUGAAGAGACAUUUCAAAGUUUUUUGGUGUGUGUUCUGCAACUGAUGGAUGGAAAUGCCCAAAAUAUGUUUCACGGAAAUCAUCAAGGAGACCCCUACUAUCGGUAUGACCCCGCCGCUGCGGCAGCUGCGGCUGCAGCGUCUCCGCGAGCCAUGGGUCCUCCAGGUGGGUAUCCACGGCAUAGGGGGCCGCAUCCACUGCAACAGCAACCGCAAUACCCUACUUAUCAACCGACGGCGGAUAACAUUUAUGGUUUAAGUGCCGCCGACCAGCAUGCCAGCAUGGGUAUGGGGGACUUGAGCGGUUGGGGUGCAGCUCCCACUGUACCCGGCCAGGCUGGUGCCUAUCCAGGGGCCACAUUAGCUUAUGGCCAUCCUCAGGCUGGUCCCCCCACCCAACAGAGGCAAUCUUCAACGCAGCCCAGUUACCGUCAACAUAUGCCCGCCUAUGGCCAACAAGAUCAGCAAAAGUUGCCCUACGGUGCUCAGCAGAGCAUGAUGAGUAGUCUACUACAGCAGCCUGGUUCUAAUGUUGGACCUGCCGGCUAUGGUGCUCUAACACAACAACCACAGCAGCAACAAGCACCUACGCCCCAGCAGCAACAACAACAGAGCCAGCAAUCACGCCUGCCACCGCAACACUAUCCCCAAGCUCCCACGCAGCAUCCAUUAUAUUCGGCAGCCCCUGCACAAGGGCAACCGGGUGGUGUGCCCUCUGGUUCAAGUGUAACGAGUACGCCACAAGGUUAUGGAGUAGCGUAUGGAGCCCCCCUGCAACACCAACCCAGCAGAUCCUCGCAGCAUGUAGGUUACGGUCAUGCUGGUCUCGAUCAGCCAAGCCCUUAUGGCCAACAUGUUCCAGGUGGAGCCACAACUCCUGGUGGUGUACCAAGUCAUCACCUAACUACUCAGCAGCAGGCUUCGCAAUUGAGCUCUCAUCCGUCGCCUCAUAUGAGUACAGGACCACAGCAGCAACAACAGCAGCAACCGCCAACUAGCAUGCAACAACAUGGUGUACCACCUGGUUUGGGUACACCCCAACAACAACAACAACAGCAGCAGCAGAGCUCAACUCAUUUGCUGCAAAGUCAACAGCAGCAACAGCAACAACAACAACAGCAGCAGCAACAACAACAGCCCCAAAAUCAUGUUGGUCUUAUGCAGGGAUCAACGCAACAUCAACAGUUGCCACCGCCACAUGGUAUGGGCGUGGGAGUCCCGCCGUCCUAUGGAGGUCAUCACCAACAACAAACACAGCAGCCACAACCACCUCCACCCCAACAACAGCCAGUUGGUGGAGCACCCUCCUAUAUGACAGCGACCGGGAAACAUCAGGCAACUGCAUCACCCCAAUAUCGGGCACCGUUUCCUCAACUCUCACCCCAAAUGUCUCCUAGGCCACCAACAAUGUCGCCUCAUCCUCAAAUGUCCCCAAGACCUGGCAUGUCGCCGGCAAAGCCUCCCACGAGUCAACAACAGCAACAAGGUCCUCAGGGACAGACCCAACAGCAGCCAACGGUAAACUCUCCUAGUACGCAACAACAACAACAACAGCAGCAGCAAACCACACAUCAUAGUAUAUCGGGAAUGGUGGGUUUAACUUCUCCAAGACAAACCACAUCUGGUGGGUCCGGAGGUCCUACUAGCUCUAAAGCUGGUUCAGCAGGAGCUGGACCCGUUAAUACUUUGCAGGCUUUGGAGCAAAUGGUUAUGCCUGGCCAAGGAAUGUCGGCUGGACCAAUGGAUUAUCCUUCGGCUUAUAGGCAAGCGGCGGCACAGCAUGGUCCAAUGGGACCCAGAAUGCCAGUAUCGCCGCAACACCAUCAGCAGUGGUCGCCGCAUUUGGGUAUGCAGCAAGGUCAGCAGGCUCCACCAAAUCCCAUGAGUGUUGGUCAAAUGACAGCCCCACCACAAAUGCCUCAUCCGACUCAACAACAACAGCAGCAACAACAUCAACAACAACAAAGUCAGAUGAGCAUGUAUGGAGGGCCGCCGCCACCACAUCAUCCACAGCAACUUCAACAACAGGCAACGCCACAGCAACCUCCACCACCGCAGCAACAGCCCUCGGCGCCAACACCAUCUCCACAUGCUGGGCAAUUGGCAACACCCGUUUCUCAACCUCAGCAACAGCAAUCGACACCUCCUCAUGCGCAACCACAACCAGUGACUAGCCAACAUCAGCCGCAGCAGCAGCACCAGCAACAUCAUCAGCAGCAUCAGCAGCAACAACAGCAGCAACAGCAAUUAUCCGAACAGUUACAGCAUUCCAUCAAUGAUAUUGUGGGCAACAGUUCAAGCUCACAACAGCAAGCGGUUCCUCCACAUUCAGCUGCCUCAAUGUCGCCCAUGCAUCAUCAAACGGCUGGUAUGUCUUUGCAUCACAUGACCACUCCUGGACAUCAUCAAAUGACGCCAGAGUCGAUGCACAACACAUCGCCACUGAUGCAAGGAAGAGGUGCUCCUCCCUCCCAAGAAGCACACAUGACUCCUCCCACAACUACAAAUCAGCAACAGCAUCAUAGUCUACAACCUCCUCCUCAUAUCCAACAACAACAACAGCAGCAGCAAAAGCAACAGAGUCCACAUCAUCACCUGCAGCAACAUCAACAGAAAAGUCCUCACCCUCAUCCGCAUCAGCUUUCACCACAUCAACCAACCCAACAACAGGCUGCGUACCAGCAACAACAGCAGCAGCAGCAACAAUCAUUGCAACACUCUGUUCCCCAACCACCGCCCCAACAACAUCCACCAGCACAAACGUAUGGCGGCCAAGAUCAUUUCUCUUCAAUGUUACAACAGAGUCAACAGGAGCCUCCUUCGUCUGUAGCUACACCUCCAUCGGCACCCAAUACGCAACAGCCGCAACAAACGCAACCACCAACGCAGCAACAUCAGCAGCAACAAAGUCAAUCACAACAACAGAAUACAGCUGUUGCAACAAUGUCACCAGCACACGUCCCUUCCCCUUUGGCUACUUCAGCAAUGACUACCGCAAGCAAUCAGCAGCCACAACCACAGCAGCAGCAGCAUAGUCAACAGCCAUCAACGCCGUCGACCCCAACACAGCAUCAUCUCAUUAGUGGAAUUCUCAAUGAAACUGCCAACUCAAAUGAUUCAUCUACCCUGGCCGUGGCCGCUAAUGACAGUAACAACAGCAGUAGCAACUCGUCCACCAACAGUACUGUGAAUAAUCAUCCAACGUCAAUACAUGACAGCAAUUCCCAAAGUUCCAUCAACAGCAACCACAAUGCUCCAGCUCUCUCCACUAUGGAAUCUAGCUUGGGAGCCAGUGCUGGUGGGCUAUUAAAUUCGAAUUCAAAUUCGGCCACAAAUGUUGGAGCCUCUGCGUCCGUUGGUGGCAAUACCAGUGGCGUAGUUGGUGGUGGCGGUCUUCUAGAUAGCGCUGGCGCUAGUCUCUUUGACAACAAUUCGAUGUCUUCAAACAGUGCGGUGGUGAAUACCGUCGUAUCGGCAUCAGCGACAGCCGCUGCAGCCAUGAUAGAUAGCAACUCACAGAGUUCUUUUAUAGGAGCAAUGACACACCAGGACUUUAAUGAAAAGGCUUUGCCUAAACCUACAGAAAGCCCUGAAGAGCCAACGCUUAUGGAAACUGACGCAGAAGCAAGCACCAUCCAAGCAGGUGGUCAAUCGAAGGAUAAUAAAACGGCAGAGGAAAUACGAAAUGAAUCAUCUAUGAAGACCCCAAGUGAGGAGGAGCAAUCGCAACCUGUAGUCUUGAAGGGAAGUGCUGGGGAUCUAAGCGGAGAAUCGACAAAUGUGAUUUCAAAUACCGAAAAAGGUAAAGAGGGACAAAUGGAGACACUCAAAUCGGUAGAGGCGGCCCCAAUUGAUGGAAAGUCUGAUGGUUCCAGGCCUACUGAAGAAAUUGCAAGUCAACUGCAGCAAACAGAACAACCCAUUGCCACUACCAUUGAGGGCCCUCCAAUGAUGUCCCAAACGGCAACCAUUACCCAAACUACAACCAAUCUUACACAUAGUCCACAUAUUACUGCUUUAACACCACAAACAAUGUCCAAUCAACUGACACCCUCUGGGAUGACUACAAUGGUUCCCCCACCUCCUGGCUCAGCACUUGUGCCCGCACCUGGAAGUAUAAAUCCGGCUACAGGAAUGACAAGCCUACCACCCUACGAUGGUAGCACAGUUGUCCCACCCAAUCAACAGAUUACUCCGCUUGGAAUGCCACCACACUCAAUGUUGCCACCAUAUCCUCCGCCGCCCCCACCACCUGGAGGCCCACAAGGCCCUCCACAUAUGGGUUACGCCCCCUAUCAUCCAAUGUCACAUCAGCAAGAAAUAGCUGCUUUGCAACAACAACUCCAAGAAUUGUAUUGCAUGUUGCCACAACACGACCAACAGGAAAAAAUUAUGCGUGUUCAGGAGCGCCUUAACAUGGUGCAACAGCAUGAAAUUAACGACCAAUGCGUCGGAGGACCACAGUGUCUCUUCUAUCAAUCCAUGCCACCACAAAUGUUUGGCCCCUCACCCAUGCUACAACAACAAAUGAUCGAAUCACCCCAGGUGUCCAGUACAACUGGCCGAGGAAGGGGUAAGGGUACAAACAAACCACGCAAGCCUCGUGUUAAGAAAGGUGACAAGCCUCCUCCGGCUAGCGAGUUAAUGGACAUAAGUGGAAAUGUUGUACAGCAGGUUCCCAUACCACCAAAUCAAUUGCCCGUUUCCGAAGACUGUGUUACCCAAGGGGCCGGGGAUACAUCUGUGGUGGGAAUGUUAGAAUACCAUGAAGGCGAUGGUGGCGAUCAUUCGCAAGACGUCCAUUCAGCCAAUGAGUUAGACACAUCCACAGAUGCCGGCAAGAAGAAGAAACCCCGUAAACCUAGAACGCCCAAAGAUCCCAACAAACCUCCCAGGGAAAGAACACCCAAAGCCAAGAAAGUUAAAAGCGAAGGCCAGGAAGGCUCAGAGACAACCACGGCAACCGGUACGGCACGUAAACGCAACACUGGCGGCGCAGCGCGUAAGAAGAAGUUGGCAGACGAAGGUGAAUUUGAGAAACCUGUUGGAGCGGAAGGUAGUGAAAAUGAAGAUAACAAGCCGCUCAUGCAAAAAACUCCUGAGGCUGGAGUCGCUGAGCAGGAAGUCAAUGAGGGCGAAAAUAAGCCAGAAACAACUUCCACGGAUGAAAUUAAAAGUAGCGCCACCACUAUUGAUGGAGAACCGCAAGACUAUGAUGAUAUACCAGUAUCCAAAAUACCCAAAGUAGAUGAAGGUGGUACGGCCGCCGCUGAAGCUGGGGACGAAACAGUCGACUCCAUACCAGACUCUGCAGGUGAUUCUACUGCAACUCCUACUCGCAGUAGGAAAAAACGACGUGGCAGAGGAGCUAGUGUCGGAGAUGGUGAAAGCGAAACCAAACAAAGGCGUAGUAGAGGAGGCUCUCUUUCUGCAAGAGCCUUGAAAAAGCGUCGGAAUCGCGGUCGUAUUGUCCCCGAAUCAGAUGGUGAGGAUGACAACUUGGAGGCAACGCCUCCACCAUCACCUCCGGCCGACACAGAACUGGACACAAAUAAACGUCGUUCAUCGAGAAACACCCAAAGGAAGAAGUACAUUGAUGAUGUGAUGCUCAGAUUUUCAGAUGACGAAAGUGAAUCGCUGUUGGGUUCUUCACCUUUGAAAAAGGAAAAGAAAACUUCGACUUUGGCUGCAUCCACCUCAGCUGCAGCAGCAGUUGCUACUGCAAGCAGUAACUCAAGUGAUGGCGAAAAAACUGAACAGCAAGCCAGUGCAACGGCGACGGUCGACUCGCAAGAACAGCCAUCGACCACGGACGAUAAAGCGAACCUUCCCGAAGAUAUUCAGGGCGGGGAGGCUACCUCCAGCACUACCACACCCUCGAUUAUUAAUGAAAAAUCUGAAAAGUCACAAGAUAUCCCUCCAGUUGCAGCAUCUUCAAAGCCUAACUACGUUUACAUAAAUACAGGCGAUGAGGACAGCAUGGUGGUACAGUUUGUCUUGGCUGUGAGAAUGGGUAAACGCGAGUUAUUACCAGAACCGCCUCCUCCAUCUCCGAAAAAAGAAGUCAAAACUGAUGAGACUGGCGAAACGGCCAAUGACGAUACUAAAGACGAAGGUAGUGUAGGUGAGGAGAAGGAGAACGACAAAACAAAAGAAGCAACAAAAGAUGAGGCUGUAAAGGACGAAGAAGGAAUAGAGAGUAAGAAACACGAACAAGAAGCAGGCAAUGCCGAGACUGAAAUUAAAGCGGAGAACUCCGAAAUUCCGAAGACUGAAGAUGUAGUUGAAGGUGAGAAAAUGGAAACCGACGAAGUGUUGGAGAGUAAACCACAUGAAACCAAAUCUGAGACUAAUAAUACAAAAGCCGAAUCUGAAGAUGAAAAGUCCGAUAAAGACAAGUCUGGUAAGGACAAUUUAAAGGAAGAUGAGACUCCAACAAGUAAGGACGAGAAUGUUGAAGCAAAAGCCGAAGCUAUGGAGGUUGACGACGUGGUGAAAGAAAAGAAAGAUUCCACCAACAUUGAAAACCCAAGUACAGUUGCUGAAGAUGCAGCUCCUCUAAAGGAGGAUGAAAAACAAAACAAAGAGAGCGCUGAAGAGAAUGAAAAGCCCGUAGCUAUGGAAGCUGAAGAAACUACGAUUGGUGAGGACGAACAGGGCCCCACUGAAGACUCGAAAAAAGUAUUGAGUGAAAAGGAGCAAUCAUCUAAAGAGCAAAGCUCUGAUGAUAAGAAGCCAGACGAUGAAAUCAAAGAAGAUCGUAGCGAAGAAGCCAAGAAAGAAAAGGAAAAAGAGAAAGAUGACAAACCCAAACCCGAACCUGUAUAUAUAGAAGUAGAAGAAUAUCUAGUUAAGUACCGCAACUUCUCGUAUCUCCAUUGCGAAUGGCGCACCGAAGAAGAACUGCUUAAGGGUGACCGUCGUGUAUGCGCCAAAAUCAGAAGAUUCCAGCAAAAGCAGGCACAACAAAUGAGCUUUGAAACACUAGACGAGGAAUACUUCAACCCCGAUUUUGUUGAAGUGGAUCGGGUGCUUGACAUGUCAGUGCACACCGACGAACAAACUGGUGAGACUACCAAACAUUACUUGGUCAAGUGGAAAUCAUUGCCAUACGAAGAUUGCACCUGGGAACUGGAAGAGGAUGUUGACGAUGAUAAAAUCGAGCAAUAUUUACGGUUCAAUAAGAUACCACCCAGGUCCGAGUGGAAGGGCAAGAAACGCCCUACCCCCGACCUAUGGAAGAAGUUGGAAAAGACACCCGUCUAUAAGGGAGGCAAUACCCUGAGACCUUAUCAGUUGGAAGGCUUAAAUUGGUUAAAGUUCUCCUGGUAUAAUUCACACAAUUGUAUAUUAGCCGAUGAAAUGGGUCUGGGUAAGACCAUACAAAGUUUAACUUUUGUUCAUUCCGUCUACGAGUACGGUAUACGUGGACCCUUCCUUGUGAUAGCUCCCCUCUCGACCAUACCCAACUGGCAGCGCGAAUUUGAAAGCUGGACAGACAUGAAUAUAGUGGUGUACCAUGGUUCUGUAACCAGCAAACAGAUGAUCCAGGACUACGAAUUCUUCUUUAAGACAGAGUCGGGAAAGGUCUUAAAGGAGCCCGUAAAAUUCAACGUGCUGAUUACCACCUUCGAAAUGAUUGUCACCGACCAUAUGGAUCUGAAAUCUUUUAAUUGGCGCCUGUGUGUUAUCGAUGAAGCUCAUCGUCUGAAAAACCGCAACUGCAAACUUUUGGAUGGCCUUAGGCAACUGAAUUUGGAACAUCGGGUGUUGUUGUCGGGAACACCUUUGCAAAAUAAUAUGGGCGAACUGUUCUCUCUGCUGAACUUUUUGGAACCCAGCCAGUUUGCUUCGGCAGAAGAAUUUAUGACCGAAUUCGGCAGUUUACGCACUGAAGAGGAGGUCAAUAAACUACAAGCGUUAUUAAAACCCAUGAUGUUGAGACGUCUGAAGGAUGACGUCGAAAAAUCUCUUGCACCCAAAGAGGAAACCAUCAUUGAAGUUGAAUUAACCAAUAUACAGAAGAAAUACUAUCGUGGUAUAUUGGAGCAAAAUUUUGCUUUCCUCAAGAAGGGAACCACUUCGGCCAAUAUACCCAAUCUGAUGAAUACCAUGAUGGAGUUGAGGAAGUGCUGUAUCCAUCCAUACCUUCUCAAUGGCGCGGAAGAGCAAAUACAGUAUGACUAUCGCAACCAGCACGGUGAGGACAAUGAGUCGUACUACAAGAACAUUAUACAGUCUGCUGGCAAAAUGGUCCUGAUCGAUAAGUUACUGCCAAAGUUGAAGGCAAAUGGUCAUCGCGUGUUGAUAUUCUCCCAAAUGGUGCGAUGUUUAGAUAUCCUGGAGGACUAUCUCAUAUAUCGCAAAUAUCCAUUCGAACGCAUUGAUGGACGUAUAAGAGGAAAUCUGCGGCAAGAAGCCAUAGAUCGUUACUCCAAACCGGGAUCUGAUAGAUUUGUAUUUCUUUUAUGCACCAAAGCUGGAGGCUUGGGCAUUAAUUUAACCGCUGCCGAUACAGUCAUUAUCUACGACUCCGAUUGGAACCCCCAAAACGAUUUACAGGCCCAGGCUAGAUGCCAUCGUAUUGGUCAACGUAAAAUGGUAAAAAUCUAUCGUCUGCUCUGCCGCAACACCUAUGAGCGAGAAAUGUUCGAUAAAGCCUCAUUGAAACUGGGUCUGGAUAAGGCUGUCUUGCAAUCGAUGAAUACCCAUAACUCCAAAGAUGGUAGCAACAAACAGCUGACGAAAAAAGAAAUUGAAGAUCUGCUCAAAAAGGGUGCCUAUGGCGCAGUCAUGGAUGACGACAAUGCCGGCGACAAGUUUUGCGAAGAAGAUAUUGAUUCCAUACUGCAAAGACGCACUCAAGUCAUUACCAUGGAAUCGGAGAAGGGUUCCACUUUCUCAAAGGCAUCAUUUGCUGCCUCUGGCAAUCGUUCGGAUAUUACAAUUGAUGAUCCAGAUUUUUGGACUAAAUGGGCUAAAAAGGCCGACAUUGAUACAGAUGUCUGUGAACGUGAUGAAACCGAAGAUUUGGUUUUGUCUGAACCUCGACGUAGAACUCAAAUUAAACGUUACGGCCAUGAGGAUGUAAUGGAAAUGAAUUCCGAAGAAUCCUCAAAUGAGAAUAGCGACGAAGAGGGUGGCAUUGGGGCACGAUCUACGAGAAGAUCGCGCAAAGAGAAACGCGACCGAGGUCGUGAUAAGAAAGCCAAUGAAGAGUAUGUACCCAGGGAGCGUGAUGCAUUGGCCGCACUCGGCUUGGAGGACAUUCAAUAUGGAAACUGGGCCAAAUCUGAGUGUUUCAAAGUAGAGAAGGGUCUAUUGUCCUUUGGCUGGGGCCGCUGGCCUGAGAUCUUAGAACUGGGACAAUUUAAACGUGGUUGGCGUGACAUCAAUGUGGAGGACUGUUCAAGGAUAAUUCUGCUCUACUGUUUGCAAGUCUACAAAGGAGAUGAGAAAAUAAAAACCUUUAUAUGGGAUUUGAUAACACCUUCGGAAGACGGUGAAGUGACAAAAAUUAGCAGGGAUCACAGUGGCCUCCAUAAUUUGGUGCCACGAGGUAGGAAUGCCAAAGGACGCAAUGGAGGUAAAACACAAAAAGAGUUGGCCGCUCAAGCUGCUGCCGAUGCUACGGCUACUCAAGCAGCCAGCGCUGGUAGCGGUGAUGGCAGCACACCUACACCGGUGGAUACCGCAACUGCACCUCCUACACCGGAGGCGGCUACAGAGUCAUCAGCAGCCCCAUCGCCAGCCGGAUGUGGUGGAAAACCAGUUAAAAAAGAAUUGGGCACCCAAGGUUUACAAAACAUACAGGACCCGAGUCAUUGGAGUAAGCUGGAAAAAUAUGAUGCUGAUACAUAUUUGGAAGGAGCCUACAAAAAACAUUUAAGCAGACACGCGAAUAAAGUUUUAUUGAGAGUGCGUAUGCUGUAUUAUAUACAACAUGAGGUGAUUGGAGAUUUGGUGCAACAGAUUAAAGACAAUACACCGGUCAGCGAGAUACCAAUACGCCCGCCCACAAUGGCCGAUGCUGUGCCUGCUUCUUGGUGGAAUCCUCCUUGCUGCGAUAAGAGUCUUUUGGUGGGAACAUUUAAACAUGGCUGUGAAAUGUAUCGUAUUAUGCGUUCCGAUCCUGCUCUGUGUUUUGCUGCUCAUGUCGGUUCCACAGCCGAAGAGACAACUGUUGCCAAUUUGCCAAUCAAUGAAGAAGAUGCUAAUUCUAAGCAAGAUGCCGACAAUGAUGAAGUCGAUGAUGAUGGCACAGCCACCAAAGACUCUGAUUCCACCAAGUUGACAUUGGGCGACAAAGAUAAAGAUUCUCUCGAUCCACCCGAACGCCCCAGCUCUUCGGGCUUAGAUGAAGAAGAGAGUGUGGCAGGUUCUUAUCCACCAACCCAAGCUCCAGUCGAUGACAAUUCGGCCACAUUAUGGCCAUCUAUGCAAGAUUUAAAUACACGCCUAAGGCGUGUCAUUACCGCCUAUCAAAGGAACUACAAGAAAGAGGAGCUGAAGCAACAGCAAAAGGCCAAGCUACAAGCUUUGGUAUCCUCAACGCCACCUUUAUCGGUGCCAACGACACCAACAUUGCAAUCGAUGCAAAUGCAAAUGCAGAAUGCUGCUGCUGUUGCCGCAGCCAGCGGAACAGGUGGUGGUCCAACAACGCCCCAAGAUCCUGGAAAUCGAAGUUUGCAAUCAUUGAUACAAUCCAAUAAUAGUGUAUUAUCUUCCGGACCAAGUACAUCGGCGGCGGCAGCUGCUGCUGCAGCAGCGGCACAAAAUGCAGCUGCAGCAGCUCAGAAUGUUACAUUGCAGCAUCAAUUGCAACAGCAGACACUGCAACAACAACAGCAGCAGCAGCAACAACAGCAACAGGCAUUGCAGCAACAACAACAACAGCAGCAGCAGCAACAUCAAUCGUUGCAACAGCAGCAGCAACAACAACAACACCAGCAGGGCAGUGUUGCUUCGGCAGCAAUAGCCGCCUUAACCAACUCAACGCCAUUGCCCACAGCAGCUGAUAUAAGCUUGAUGCUAAGCCUAUUGAAUACGACCGAUGUAAAUCAAUUGGCUAAUUUGGAUAUCAAUAAACUGGCCAUGUACUUGGUUAGUAUGAAUAAUAAAAUGGAACGCCAGGGCAAAAUGGAAAUGGUUGCCAAAGAGCGUGAAAUGCAACGUUUGCAGUGUAUACCUAAAAAAUGGAACCGACGUGAAGAAUAUGAAUUUUUACGUGUUCUGACUGGUUAUGGCAUAGAUUUACUUCCUCCCUCAGCCUUAACGCCGGGCUCAACUAAUCUUGUUCCCGAUUGGACCAAAUUCAAACAAAUGGCCCACUUAGAAAGAAAGAGCGAUGAGACGCUCAAUGAUUACUACAAAGUUUUUAUAACCAUGUGUAAGCGACAAGCUGGCGUUAAACUAUCGGAAAAUGAGAAGGGCCUGGAGGGUAUCAUUGAGGAUAUCAGUGAGGAUCAUGCCAAAUUAAUUCUAGAUCGUUUGGAGUUACUCUCCAAACUGAGAGAAAUUGCCAAGCAUCCGCAAUUGGAGGAGAGAUUAAAGCUAUGUAUGGUCAAUGCUGACACGCCCGAUUGGUGGGAGCCGGGAAAGCAUGACAAAGAACUAUUGGCAGCAGUGCUCAAACAUGGCCUGUAUCGUUCUGAGACAUUUAUAUUUAAUGAUCAUUCAUUUUCCUUUGCCGAUUCCGAAAAGCGUUUCAUUCGAGAACUGGAAGCUCAAAUACAAUGCUCUAUAAAACUCGAGGCAUUAAAUGCUGAGAAAAUAUCGGCAACCACUACAACCUCCACUGCUGCCUCGUCACAAAUUAAGGACGAAAUUAUUGAUUUGGAUGAGGAGCUCUUGACCAAGAGCAGCCUUAUCAAAAAGGAAAAUUAUUCUCCUCUUAAGGCAGAAGUGAAGAGUGAAACAAAUGACAUCAAGUCAGAAGACUUGAAAAAGGAGAAAACCGAUGAUGUUCCAGAGGACAAGGAGGAGAAGUUCCAAGACUUGUCUACCAAGAAUGACAUAAAAGAAGAUAUUGAGUGUCAAGAUCUAACAAAAGAUGAUGAUGAUGACGAUGAGCCUUUAUCCUUGGAAAAGAACAAAGAUAAUUCCAAAGUGUUGGAAAAUAUCGAAAUGGAAACAGAUGAAGCACCAAAGAAGAAAAAGAAAUCGUCCAAGGAUCUUAAGGAGGAAAUGUCUGCUGGUGAGGCGAGCGACGAUCUGGAGGAAGACUUAUCGAGAUCUAAAAACGAAAAAUUGGAAAAGGAGAAAUCUAAAGAUGAUAGCAAACCAACAAACGAAACAGAGGAGAACAAGUCACAGAAAGAAGACGAGGAUGAUGUUAAGACGGAAGAAGCUGAUAAAAAGGACCUGGAUACGACAGAGGAAGAGAAUGUCAAAACAGGGGACGAUGAGGACAAGUCCAAAACCGCUGCCACAGAUGCCGAAGAGGUUAAGAAAAAAACUUCCAAAGAAGAUCACAAGAAAUCCUCAAACGAAGAGGAGAUCUUGGAUUUGGCCACCGCUACAAGUGGUUCCAAUCCAGAUCCUGACGAUGAAGAAGUAAUGAAGGAGAAGGAAAAGGCUGUCGAAGAAGAGUGCAAUAAACAGGCUGCUGAGCUUAAAGCCCGUUUCCCCGACUUGGAAGUUAUACAACCGGGAGCUGCUAAGCAAAAAUUGGAGAAACCAAAAUUGGAAAUGUGUAUGAUUAGAUGGUUCAAAGAUUUCGCUUUGGAAAGACGUGUUUGCCACAUUGUGACCUGUGUUGAAACCGGAAAGUGGCCUGUAGAUAAGGAGUAUUCAGCGUUGGCCGGAUGUAAAGGCAUUGAGCUGAACAUUGGUCUCCAUGAAGCCAUACCUCAUCUGAGUGUUGCCGUUGAGAAACGCUCCACCACUCCCGACGUUAUUACGAUCACCACCGAUCAAGGUGUUACCAAACAUUUGCCCACGGCGCAGGUACAGCAACAAGCAGCUGCUGCUAUUACAGCAGCUCCUCCUGCACCAUCUCCCAUACCUAUUGCCCCUGUAAAUACAACCCCUAUUGCAACACCUAAAAUGCCUACUCCGGCGGCGCCACCACCUCCCAGUGUGUCUUCAGUAUCUGCAGCAGCAGCAGCGGCUGCCGCGGCCGCUGGUCUCAGUGGCCUAGAUGCCAAUAGCUUAAAUGCCGCUAUGGCUGCAGCCGUGGCUGCUGCAGGUGGAAAUGCGAGUGCCCUUAGCGCUCUAUUGCCCGGUAUGUCCUUGACGGCAUUGUCUGGUCUUACCAUACCUAAUACUGGCAACAAUGCACCAGCACCCAGUACCAACACCACUACCACAAACUCGGGCAAAAAACGCAAACGUCACAUAGCCAUAGAUGUGGAGACAGAGCGUGCCAAACUUCAUGCUUUACUCAAUAAUUCACAAUCAUUAGCAGCUAAAGAUUGGGAAACCGAGAUUGCCAAUAUGGCAGCUGCUGCUUCUGGUGCUAGCGGCGGGGGUGGAGGGUCAUCGUCAAGGCGUUCAUCGUCAGCUGCUUCACCAGCGCCAAAUUCUUCGUUGGCCUCGGCUUUACAGCCUCCUCCGGCGCAUCAGCAUGCACCUUUGAGCCGUCAAUCAUCUGGCCAGUUCAACAAACCGGCAGUACCGCCAUUGAAAACACCCCCACCUUCGUCUAUGGGAGGAGCUAUGGACUUAUCCUCUAGUUUGCCCAAAAUGAAUAUGGCUGACAUUAUGAAGUCCGCUUCGGCGGGGGCCAUAGAUUUAAGCGAAGUUCAAGAUUUUUCAAUGGGCUCUAAGAAGUCAUCUUCAUCGUCUUCUUCGACUUCUCAAGCUUCCGCUUCUAGUAUACAUGCUGCCUUAAGUUCAGCGUUUCCUUCCAUGGCCAGCAAAGGCGGCAAAUUGGAUGACACUCUCAAUAAACUCAUGAAGAAGAACAAUUGCACCAUUGAAGAACCUGUCGUUGGCAAAGAAAAGAAACGCAAGAAGUUGGACGAAAUUGUUUUAGGUCUUUCGGCGGCCAAGGAACAGAAGACUUUCCCCGAUCCCUCUUUGCCUUCGUCGAAGAAACCUCAGAUACCUCCUAGUGUAUCGGUGACUCCGGCCAAUGUUCCAUCCUCGUUGGCCUCACAGCAACAACAAAAUCAAAAACCAUUUACAAUCACUGUCACGACAGUGCCCGGAAAGGGAAAGAGUGGUUCUCAGUCCAGCAGUUCACAACAGUCAUCCGCAUCGGCAACCGCGAAUUCAUCGAAUUCAGGCCUAUCAGCUUUACAAAAUAUGGCCGGUAUGGGCAGUUUAUCAGCAAAGGAUAGUUUGAGUGCCUUUUUGUCUCAAACUAUGGCUACGGAUCCCCAGACUUUCAUUAAGCAACAGCAGAAGAUGAUGCAAUGUUUGCCAUCAGCCCAGCGUAAACUGUACGAAAGUAUGUUAGCUGAUAUGGAGCAAGCCAUGAAACUAAACACAAAAUAUGGAGGACCUAUGGAUACCAAAGUCGACAAAUGGCUGACGGACAUGAGUGCACCAUUAAGCAUGGAUUACACGGGUAGUAGUAGUAGUAACACACCCUCGACAAGUUCCAGUGGAAGAAGAUCAAAUCGUCAACAAUCGUCCACGCCCGCACAACAAUCGUUAUCGGCUUCACAGAUGUCUUCGUCUAAAUCGUCUGCGGCUCAAUCCCACGGUCAAUCUGCGGCUGCCCAACAACAACAGCAUCAGCAACAACAACAGUCAAUGGGAGGACCACCGCCAGGUUUGACUGGAGAUGAACCUGUACCAGUGAUAAAUAAACAAACAGGCAAACGUUUAGCCGGCAACAAGGCUCCACAACUGAAGAGGUUGAUGCAAUGGCUAACUGAAAAUCCCAACUACGAAGUCGACCCCAAGUGGUUAGAACAAAUGCAGAAUCCUAUGUCAGCACCCUCGCCCAAACCUAUGGAAUCAAGCUAUUCCAAUUCAAGCAAAGGACACACUGGAAGACCUUCCUCCACGUCUAGUAAUGCUUCGUCCAGCAGUCACUCCAAUUCGCAACAGCAAUCAUCGCAGUCGCAAUCGUCAUCCAGUUCAUCGAAAAAAUCUUCAAGGCAAACGGCAAUGGAUCAAGCAAAUGCAGCCAUGCAGUUCGGCUCAUUGGCUGGACUGAAUCCCAGUCUAUUGGCCAGCUUACCCGGUCUCGGCUCAUUUGAUCCCAAGAAUCCUUUGUCCGCGUUUGAUCCAAAGAAUCCUCUACUGUCAAUGCCUUUUGCUGGCAUGCCUGGUAUGGGCAACAUACCGGGAUUGGGAAAUUUGAACAACAUGAACUUGUUUGCUAGCUUAGCAGGCAUGGGUGGUCUGGGCAAUUUGUCUGGCAUGGAUGCCCAAUCAUUGGCCACACUUAUGGCAGCAGCUGGACCUGCUUUGAGUGGCUUGGGUGGCAUGCCCGGUUCGUCAUCUUCGACGAGUGGCUCGAACAGUAAGAGCUCUGGACAGGGUUCUGGCUCAUCAAAUGUCAACAAGAAGCCCACUAAAGCCGAACUGCUACAACAAAAUGCGGCUGCUGCCGCUGUUGCUGCAGCUGCUUUAGGUGCAUCGGCAUUAUCGACCGGCAAUUCUGGUUCAGGAUCGAACUCAAAGAACUCGGGGCCAAGUGCUUCACAGCUAGCUGCUGGUUUUCCAUUUUUAUUUGGCAAUCCUUCGCUAUUGUAUCCCCCUAUGGGUAUGGGUGGUUUGAACCCCUACUCUUUGGGUUCUGCUGGAUUGGGUUCGACUGGCUUAGGCGCUGCCUAUGAUCAGUUGGCUCAACAAUAUCUAAUGAAUGGCGCAUCUUCGGCUGGCUCAACUUCCACCACACAAACAAAAGCUCAUCAGUCCCAAUCGAAAUCGUCCAACUCAAGGUCCUCCUCAUCGUCUUCUAAUGCCGCCUCAUCUGCAGCACAAGCUGCAAACCUUAUGAAUGCUAUGGCUGCAAGUAUGGCUGGUUCGUCUAACACAGGGUCGAAUAGUUCACAAAGUACUUCAUCUAGAGGUAGACAAUCGUCAGCCAGUCGAGCUGCUGCAGCACAGGCUUCAGCAGAGAUGGCUCAAUUGUCAAACUUUUUAAUGCCUGCAGAUGCUCAGUUAUUAGAAUCGUUCUCCCGUGUGGCGAACAUGGACUUGGCUCAGGCCACUCGCCUAAUGAACUCGCUCGGUAUGCCACCCAUAUCGGGUGCCAGCACACCUUCCUCAUCCACGAUAAGCGAAAAGAGAUCAUCAUCGUCGAAUUCAUCGGCGAAUGCGGCAGCCGUUGCGGCUCAGCAGGCUGCAAAGGAGCAGCAGAAACUAAUGGAAUGUUUGGCCAGAGGCCAGUUGCCAACAGAUUUGGCCACUCUGCAAGCUUUAUCGCAGGGUAAAUUGCCACCAUCGAUGACGGGUGGAUCCACGGGAUCAUCAUCCUCAUCCAAUACUAACUCUUCUUCCAACAACUCAUCCAGUAAGAGUGCAAAAGCAGCUGCUGCUGCUGCAGCCGCUGCGGCAGCAGCUUUGCCUCAAAUACCUGGAAUGCCUGCUGAAUUUAGUCAAGCAUUUUUGGCUGAGAUGGCUGCCCAAGCAAUGGCUGCCGCAGGUGGUUCAUUGCCGCUAACCGGCCCGGGUUCCUUAGCCAGUUUAACGGGCAGUUUGGCCGGUCUGACGGGUGGUGCCUCAACGCAAACCUCAUCAUCUUCUUCCUCAUCAUCGAAGAGGCAAAGAGAUCAAGAUGCAUUAGCCAAGGAUGCCUUCCAAAAGCAAAUGGACUACUAUACCAAAACAUUGGGCUUGGGAUCAGGAAUAUCAUUGAUACCCACAUCAGCAGCGUCGUCAACACCAUCAUACUCAUCAUCCAGCGAUGAUCAUCAUAAGUCGAAGAGACAAAGAACUGAAACUUCAACAUCCUCGCUUAAAGACGACUUAAAUGCUGCUGCUGCAUUGGCAGCCGCCGGUUUCCCCAUGAACCUCGGUGGUGGCAUGACCAGCAUAGAAAAGAGUAUACGCGGUGGCGGCAGUUCUUCAGCAUCAUCUUCCUCAGCACAACCUGAAGCCGACAAGGUUACACUGACUCCACUUAACUCUGCGGGAAUAGCAGCCAAUCUGCCAUCACAAACCACUAUAACAAUAGCCCCACCUAUUAGUUCCGGAGCCAGCUCCAGCAGUGAGAGAUCUGAACGUAGUGAGUCGAGAAUUUCACUGACCAUCACCAAUGCUGCCGAGGCUGCGAAAAUGCCGCCCCCCUAUGAAGAAGCUGAUGAACUGAUAAUACAACCAAUACUCAAAAAGCCAGCCCAAUCUAAUCAACAGCAACAAGCAAGUCCAUCCACCUCCGCAUCCAACUCGUCUGCACAAGCCGCUCAACCCCAACCACCGCCUCCACCCACCUCAACAGCCAAUUCAGCUGCCAGUUCGAUACACGGUGGUAGCCUGGAAGAUUUAUCGGCCCACGAAUCUGCAAAUAACACAUCAUCGAAUAGCGAAGAAACGCGUCGCUCAUCCGGCCGUCUUAAACGACCCAGGUCAGGAGCCGACCAUUCGCUGGUUGCCGAACAGCCCCCCGAAAAGAGAAGAGAACUACGUUCCACACGACACACACGUCAAUCAUCCUCGGGCAGUGCGGAUAACUCCCUAAAUCUCUCCACAAAUAGUGAAAAUGAGGACAGGACGGAAUGAGUUUUAAGGCGUCCGAGGAGGUCAUCCAUAAAUAAAUAGUGCAAGUAAUGAGUAGGUCGUUCACAGUGGUGACACUUGACAAGAUUCUGAGUAGAAAAGCAGAACACCAACCUACCUAUUGGUUUAGUAGUAGGAAGUAAUAACUGUAAAAAUUAUGCGACAACCGUAAAAUAGUGUGAGAGCGACAGAGGAACAGAGAGAGAGAGAGCUCGAUUAAGAAGAAAAUGCGAGAGUGCUGCUUAGUAGCAAACAAAGAGAAAUUACAAUUAUAGACAAGAGAGUUUUAGAGUUAGAGAGAGAGCUCUCCCAAAUAAAACAAAAGUAAACUGAUUUAAAGUGAGUUUAGUUCUAAUGUAUAAGCUACUAUAUUAUAUAAUUAUUAAAUAGUUAUUAACUAAUUAAAGAACAGAAAACAGAAAAAAGUUUUAAAAUUUUUAUGCUAUAAAACAAACAAACAAACAUGAUAAAAACCACAAAAAAAUAUAUAUUUUUUUUUAAUUUUGUAACAUAUAAGAUAAUUUUAUUUUAAAUACUAUUAUUUUUUUUUUCUUUUUAAUUUUUAGUAAUUUUACUCAUUUUACAUACAAGAACACACACACACCUACAUUUUAGCAACUUUAAAAUAAUACCCUAAAUAAAACUACACAACAACAACAACAAAAA